CUCUUUCAGUGUUGUACGGUAACUGCAAAAUUUCAGAACACAAUGAAUCCUUCAAUUCAACCCUCUUUCCCUUCCCAAAACCCUAACCCUAAUUUCCCAAUUCCUUCCCUCUCGCAAAUCCCUAACCCUAUUUGCCCUUCAUCUCUCUCCACAUCUCUCUCCUCCCUCAUCUCCCUCUCCAAUCAAACCCUCAGUUUCCAUUCUUCCCUCUCCAAAUCCCUAACCCCCAACCUUGUCCCUUGCCCUUCCAACCCGAACCACCUCCUUCCCCCAGAGUCCCUUUUCUCCCAUUUCCUUCGCUGCCCUUCCCGUCAAAGUAUCGAUCUGCAUCCCCCGAAUUAUCGGAAUACCCUUAAUUCCACUCUACAUUUACAUUCCCAGGGCGCCGUUCUUCAGAGUGAACAGUGCUCAGAACUUUGCCUCUCGUUAGAUGGUUACUUCUCUGAUUUCGGGUCUCAUUUCUUCUACAGAGAUUGUUCUGGUGUUGUCAGUUUGUUUGAUAUUGAUAACAACAAUAAAGCAAAGUUUUCUUUACCCGCUGUUUUAUCGGUUGAAUGCGUUAAUUGUGAGAGUUUGAAUGGAAGAGAGAGUGAGGUUAGUGAAAGGAAAGGUUUAAGUGUUUUAGCUUCGGGUUUAUGGGAAAUUAAGAUGGAAGUUGAGAGGUGGGCUGAUUACGCCGGCUCGUAUUCACUUAAUGUUGCUUGUGGGAUUUUGGGAUCGAGAAUGGUGAAAAGAAGGGAUUUGAGGAAAUGGGUAAUUGCUAAUUCAACAAGGUAUGGUAUUGUGAUUGAUGAGUUUAUGGGGCAUCAUAUAAUUUUGCUUGUUAGGUUGUGUUUGAAGGCUAUUGUGAGGGAAGCUAUUGGUUUUGUGGAAUUAGGGAAGGAAUAUGAAGAAGCUAAGUCGAAAAAAUCAGAUUUGAAUAUGGGGAGGAGAAUGCUUGAAUCUCCUGUUUUGCUUCAUGUUUUAAUGUGGUUAGGUUCUCAGCUUUCCGUUUUGUAUGGUGAAGUGAAUGGGAAGUUCUUUGCAAUCAAUAUGAUCAAACAAUGUGCCUUAGAAGGAGCAUCAAGGUCGUUGUUUUUUCCAAUGGAAGGAAAGGUGACUGAUCCUCUUAAUUUUGGACAGGAAUCAAAGAGUUUGGAUACUAAUGGUGUUGCAGAAAUUAAACUCGAGGAGCCAAUGGAGCGAAGUAAUGAACCGGUUAACACUGUUGAAGAAAAUAUUGGCGUUGGGACCAUAUUUGUAACCCAGGUAGCAGCAGCAAUUGCGGCAUUGCAUGAACGGCGUUUCAUUGAAGAGAAAAUAAAGCAUUUACGGGCUUCCCUACCUCCUCCAAGAUAUCAGCGGAUGGCUGAGCAUGUGAAUGUUUUGGAGAGAGCUGAUGUGGAGAGAAAAAAACGCCCUAACUACAGACCUAUAAUUGAUCAUGAUGGGCUUCCUCGGCUGGCAUCAUCUAAUGAGGAAACAAAUAGGACUAAAACAAGAGAGGAGCUAUUGGCUGAAGAAAGAGACUACAAAAGACGAAGAAUGUCAUAUCGUGGGAAGAAACUGAAGCGGACAAAAUUAGAGGUUAUGAGGGAUAUAAUAGAGGAAUACACAGAGGAAAUAAAAAAAGCUGGGGGCAUUGGUUGCUUUGUCAGAGGAGCGGAUGAAGAGAAGUUAUUAUCUGAAUUACCAGUUACUUAUGACCAUGCAGCGGAUGAUGAUAAGCAUAGAAAAGGUACCGGUGAUAUUUCUGAAGCAGCGAGAGGUAACCCAAACCAAUACAGGAGAAGCUCACACAAUGACCAGCAUUGGAGACCUUCAAGAUUUGAGGAUUACUCACGGAACGAUUUUGAGCAAUCAAGAAGGCAUGAGCACCAUGAUCUUGAAGAUCAUAGGAAAAGAAUUGGUAAUGAGAAACACAGAGAAGAUCAUUACGGAAACUCAAAAAGACACAGAAGCCAUAGGGGAUCAGAUGAGCAAAGAAGUCAUAGAAGGGAACGCGAUGAUGUAGAAUCCACAAGAGCCACCCACUAUGAGAGAGGAUGUAGAUCUAGUAUUUCUAAAUGUAAGGAUUACAAAUCAUCCUAUUUUGUUUCUAAUUCUUCAGAUGACUUUCAUUUAAGAAAGGAUGACCCAAAGUUGAACAGUAGAGAUCAGAAUCAAAGAAGCACUUAUGAGAAUCAUACUUCAGGCUCCAGGGAACAUAAUGGAUUUGAUGAUAGAUAUAAUCCUUUAGAAUAUGAAGAUAUGCAUGACGAUGAUGUCCUUGGUGGCAAGUAUGUCAGACCAGAGUGAUAUCAAGGAUGUGCCUGCAGAGUCUCGCAAAUGAACCAUAUCCUUAACAAUAUGGAAAAUCUCACCUAGGUUCCUUUUCUGGGGUAUAAAGUCAUCAGGUUUCUGCAUAUCUCAAUAUGUAUCCUCCUUUGUAUCCUUUAUCAUAUAAUUUUUUACUGGUGUAGCUACUGGCACAUUUUGAUUUUGAUGUUUGCUUCUUGGUUUUUCCCGUUCUUACCCAACAUAACAAACGGGCCCUAAUAUUGCCUUUGUUGUUUUCAGUAUGCUUUUUCUCUCCGAGAUAUUAAAAUUGUUAUCAUGAGUUUAUUCAUAGAAUUUUCAUGAGGUCCA